CCAACACGGCCACACAGCCACACGGCCACACAACACAGCGACUGCUGAAACCUUGAAGGUGCAUUCAGACACACCACAUUGCUUCACAAAUACCAAGAUUGCGAUUGAGCUCCUUGUCGCACAAAAUCUCAGGCACGCCAGAGUUACAUACACUGCACCGCUCAGCUGAAUAAUAACCAUGGCCGAUGCCCGCUCCCUCAAUUUGAAGCCCCUCCUUCUGGCGGGCGGCAAGUCCUCCAGGAUGGGCACCCCAAAACAUCUCCUAGAACUCCCAGAUGGUCGCCCCCUCUAUGCCAAGCUGGUCCAGUUGCUCUACCAGGCCUGUCCCGGCUCCUCUCGGGUAUACGUCUCGGUAGGAGAGAACUCGACGAUGGACACUCCCCUUCGCAACGGAAUCCUCCGUGUGUCGGUAACCGGGAGCGCAGACGUGGCUGACCCCCAUGACAUCCAACUAGAGCUAGUCAAGGAUGGACCACCAUCCCCCAGCAGCGUCCACGCCAAAGGGCCCGCUGCAGGGCUUGUAGCAGCUCACGCGGCCGACCCUGAGGCGACCUGGCUGGUGACAGCCUGCGACUUCCCCCUCCUCACGGCCGAUGCCCUGCACUAUCUCCGGUCGAGCUACGUCCCGCCCGUGACGUGCUUCCGGAACUUUGAAGGCUUCAACGAGCCGCUACUGGCCAUCUGGGGGCCCGAGGCCCUCCGGCAUCUGGCAGAGAACGCGCGGCAGGGCCGGCUCAGCCCCAAUGACGCGAUUCGGGACCUCGGGGGCAAGAGCGUGCGGCCCACGUCCAAUCUCCCCGGAAGUUCGGUGAGCACUGCGGAUAUGUGGCUGUGGAACGUGAACACGGAGGCCGAGUGGGAGAGGGCGAAGCAACUACUCGAGAAGGAGCGGGAGGAGCCCGGGGAGCUACACGGGGGAUGCCUCAAGAACAAAACUUCGCUAUAACGCGACAAAAGCUAUGCUACCUGCAAUCC